GAAGCACAAGAAGAUUCUGAGGCCUGUGAGCUGUAAUGACUGCUUUUACUCGUGAACCAAUUGUAGAGGCAACAGGAAGACCAGCGUACCAACCAGGCUGAGUCCCUCUGCCCAGAGGGCGUCACCACCCAAGCUGAAAGUGUUUGGGGAGAUCAGGCAUUGCUGUCUGGAUGCUCGGCUCUCUCAGUGGCCAUCAUGUCUUUGACCUCUGCCUACCAGCAUAAAUUAGCAGAGAAGCUCACUAUCCUGAAUGAUCGAGGUCAGGGGGUUCUCAUCCGUAUGUAUAACAUCAAGAAGACUUGUUCAGACCCCAAAUCCAAGCCACCUUUCUUAUUGGAAAAGUCCAUGGAAUCAUCUCUCAAGUACAUCAACAAGAAAUUUCCCAACAUAGAUGUCCGGAACAGCACGCAACAUUUAGGACCAGUACAUCGAGAAAAAACUGAGAUAAUUAGAUUUCUCACCAACUACUACCAGUCAUUUGUGGAUGUCAUGGAAUUUCGGGAUCAUGUAUAUGAACUUCUCAACACCAUUGAUGCCUGCCAGUGCCAUUUUGAUAUCAAUCUCAACUUUAACUUCACUCGGAGUUACCUGGACUUGAUUGUGACUUACACCUCAGUUAUUUUACUUCUGUCACGGAUUGAGGAUCGACGGGUACUAAUUGGCGUGUACAACUGUGCCCAUGAGAUGCUGCAUGGGCAUACUCUGAUGGCCUGUGAAUAUCUGUCUGUGGAAGUGAUGGAACGCUGGAUUAGCAUUGGGUUUCUCCUUUGUCAUGGAUGCCUCAACUCCAACAACCAGUGCCAGAAGCUAUGGAAGCUCUGCCUGCAAGGCUCCCUGUACAUCACCCUCAUCCGGGAGGACGUGCUGCAGGUGCACAAGGUCACCGAGGACCUGUUUAGCAGUUUGAAAGGAAGUGAAAUUGCUGAGGCCCUUUAUACUUUCAUGGCCCUGUCCUUCAUUCGUGAUGAGGUUACCUGGCUGGUUCGCCAUGCAGAAAACGUCACCAAGACAAAGACACCUGAGGACUAUGCUGACUCGAGCAUUGCAGAACUGCUUUUCUUGUUGGAGGAGAUUAGGGCUCUCGUCCAAAGACACAUCAAAGUGAUACAGCAAUACCACCUUCAGUACCUGGCCAGAUUUGAUGCUCUUGUGCUCAGUGACAUCAUUCAAAACCUGUCUGUAUGUCCUGAGGAGGAGUCCGUCAUCAUGUCCUCAUUCGUCAGUACUCUCUCCUCUCUGAAUCUGAAACAAGUUGAUAAUGGAGAGAAGUUUGAAUUCUCUGGAUUGAGGCUGGACUGGUUCCGCCUACAGGCAUACACCAGCGUGGCCAAGGCUCCCCUGCACCUGUAUGAGAACCCUGACUUAGCCAAGGUGAUGAACCUCAUUGUCUUUCACUCCCGAAUGCUGGACUCAGUAGAGAAAAUGCUGGUGGAAACUUCUGACUUGUCUACUUUCUGGUAUGGCAAGCGAGUGGCAGACAUCAAGGAAAGCAAGGAACAUGUAAUCACAAACAGUCACCUGAAGAACCACGGCCUCCACCACUGCAACUCCUUCCUGGAGGAGUUGGCCAAGCAGACCAGUAACUGUGUCCUGGAGAUUUGUGCCGAGCAGCGAAAACUGAGCGAGCAGCUUCUCCCUAAGCACUGUGCCACUACCAUCAGCAAGGCCAAGAACAAGAAAACCGUGAAGCAGAAGCAGACUCCCAAAAAAGGAGAGCCUGAGAGAGAAAAGCCAGGAGCUGAGAGUCACCGGAAGAACCGCAGCCUUGUUACCAACAUGGACAAGCUUCAUGUAAGCUUGACAGAAUUGGCACUGGCAAUGAAUCAUGUAUACAGCUUCUCUGUAUUUGAACACACUAUCUUCCCUUCUGAGUAUCUCAGCAGCCAUCUGGAGGCCAGACUCAACAGAGCGAUUGUAUGGCUGGCUGGUUACAAUGCCACGACCCAGGAGAUUGCGAGGCCUUCUGAGCUAUUGGCAGGAGUCAAAGCGUACAUCAGUUUCAUACAGUCACUGGCCCAGUUUUUGGGUGCUGAUGUUUCCAGAGUCAUCCGCAACGCCCUUCUGCAGCAGACACAGCCGCUGGACUCGUGUGGGGAGCAGACUAUCACCACUUUCUACACAAAUUGGUACCUAGAAAGUCUGCUUAGACAGGCGAGCAGUGGGACUAUCAUCCUGUCUCCAGCCAUGCAGGCCUUCAUCAGCCUCCCCAGAGAGGGCGAGCAAAACUUCAGUGCAGAGGAGUUCUCUGACAUCUCUGAGAUGCGGGCCUUGGCUGAACUCUUGGGCCCCUAUGGCAUGAAGUUCCUGAGUGAAAACCUGAUGUGGCAUGUGACCUCUCAGAUUGUGGAGCUGAAGAAGCUGGUGGUGGAAAACAUGGAUGUGCUUGUUCAGAUCCGAUCGAACUUUAGCAAGGCGGACUUGAUGGCUUCUCUGCUGCCCCAGCUGAUGGGGGCUGAUAAUGUGCUGAAGCGCAUGACCAUCAUUGGAGUUAUCCUCAGUUUUAGGGCCAUGGCCCAAGAGGGACUCCGGGAGGUUUUCUCCUCUCACUGCCCAUUUCUUAUGGGUCCCAUUGAGUGCCUGAAGGAGUUCGUCACUCCAGACACAGACAUCAAGGUGACCCUGAGUAUCUUCGAGCUGGCAUCUGCUGCAGGAGUGGGCUGUGACAUUGACCCAGCCCUGGUGGCUGCCAUUGCUAAUCUGAAAGCUGAUACUUCAUCCCCUGAGGAAGAAUAUAAAGUGGCCUGCCUGCUCUUGAUCUUUCUUGCAGCUUCCCUCCCACUCCUUGCCACAGACCCUUCCUCCUUCUAUAGCAUUGAGAUGGAUGGUUACAGCAACAAUAUUCACUGCCUGACCAAAGCCAUCAUCCAGGUGUCUGCUGCCCUCUUCACACUCUACAACAAGAACAUUGAAACUCACCUCAAGGAAUUUUUGGUGGUGGCCUCUGUCAGCCUCCUGCAGCUGGGCCAGGAGACGGACAAGAUUAAAACCAGAAAUCGGGAAUCCAUUUCUCUACUCAUGCGCUUGGUGGUAGAGGAGUCCUCCUUCCUGACCCUAGACAUGCUGGAGUCCUGUUUCCCUUAUGUCCUGCUUCGAAAUGCUUAUCGGGAGGUAUCCCGGACCUUUCAUCUGAACCGAGUGCCGGCCAGUACUCACUGAAGAGUCCUGUGGACCUACCCAAACCCACGCCAUACUGGAAGCUGUGGCCAUUUUCUCAAGGGGUGGGAAUGGGGUGGGUCUGGUGCCAGAGCUGAUGAACAGGCAUAUGGAGGAACAGUCGAGGGCUGAUAAAUCAGAGAAGUGGGGCAGGCUGGGGGCUGGGGGGGAUAGAAGACAGGUUAUGGAAAAAGUUAGGGGAACGGGGCCAUGUGUGUGAAUUUUUACAAUGAAAAAACCGAGUGACAGAGAAAUAUGUUUUCCAUCUUCUGUUGACUGGAGCUUGAGUUCUGACUGGCAUGAAUCCCUCCGACCUUCAUCACUAUUCUAGGAUAAUGCCGGCCGACAGAGAUGAUCAAUCAUCAUAUUAAACUGUAAUGAGCUUAUAAUCCUCCCACUGGAGCUGCUAUUGUCUCCUGUACAUUCAUUAGGACGAUUAUGUCCUCUUUUCCUUUUCCAAACGUGUUCAGCAAACAUUCAGCCUGCUCCUACUGCAAAAUCCUAGCAGAGGAACCCCGAUUUUUCCUUUGGGGGGAGGCUCUUUUAGGAGCCAUGGGUCUCUUCCUCUGCCCCCAGCUCUACUGCCUAUAGGGACAAUGAGGAAGUGCUCUUGAGACAUUUUCACUGCCCCAAACCCCUUCACCUGCCCUACCACAUCUCGUGGGUAACAAGUAAGCUCUCUCAUUAACUUUCACACCUCCUGCUUUUUCUCUGACAUCGCCACAACCCAGAGCAGAGGGUCAGUCUAGGUAAUUCUAGGUCACACGACAACUAAUUGGACCAGAGUCAUGUGGGUUUCCCUCCCAGACCACUUGGGGUACUCUGCCUCCUAUCUGGAAAGACUGACUUAACCCGAAUCCCCUUGUCAUCCUGGGUACAGCUGUUGCUCCAGGCAGGGAUUUCUCUUCUAGAUCUUAAAUUUCAUAGACCUCAUUAGGUUAUAGGGCCCUGACAGUGGGUAUACUUGAGGGAGUACGAGCUGUUUCAGCUCAGCCCUUUUCUGCACUAAUUAGAAUUUCAAGAGUCACAAAGCCUAGGGGCGUUCACAAUAGCACUAAACUGGGUUUAGUUAACUCCAUGGCAGAAAACAGUGGCCUCCAUCCAUCACUUCUGUGCACUCACUGCUGGAAAGGCUGGAGCAACAGAUCAUAUAUGUCUCAGGUUCAGAGUGGUUGGAAUGGACAAAUAUAAUUAACUAGUUGAUUAAUCAGGGUCACGUCCAUAGCUCCACGAUAAAAGGGAAGCAAUUGCUGGCUUUCAGCAAAACCAUCUGGCCUUCAUUAAAGCUAUUUGAUAGCUGUUUUUUGGAUUUUGUAUGUGUGUUUGAUCUUUAUUUCUCGAGACCCAGGCUUAGUCAAUACUUUUUAAAUUUGGCACCCAUAAUCAAAACAAGUUUUUCUUAGUAACAAGUGUCUGCUCUUUAGGAUAGAAGCAACACGCUUCGUGCAUCGGCAAAUUGUCCGUCCUUGCUAUAGAAAGGAAAUUUUGUUCUAAGCAAUGAUUCAAGGUCAGGCCCACUGAAACUGAGGGCAAAGUUGAUGAGAAAGAGAAGGCUCAGAAGUAUCUGGACAACGAAUCUUAAAUACUUACAUCUCUGCGGGGAUCAUCAUCUGGAGGAGAUGGAGACCUCUUUUCCAUAUAUAUGUGGAACUGCUUAUGAGGAGCCUCCCCGAGGACCAAAGACAAGUUACUGCAGGGGAACAGGGUAGACAUAAUGCCUUUUAUUGUUUUAAUUAAAAUUUUUAUUGAGAUAGUCAAUCCAAUAAACAAAUGCAGAGAUCCUAUGUAUCUUUACCAGUUUCCCUCCAUGGUAACAUCUUGCAAAACGACAGUAUACUAUCAUAACUAGGAUAUUGAUAUUGAUGCAAUCUGCUGAUCUUACUCAGAUGUCCCCAGUUUCACUUAUACUUGUUUCUCUGUGAGUGUGUAUUUAGUUCAGUACAGCUAUAAUAUAUCACGUGUAGGUUCAUGUAUCCACCACCUCGGUCAAGAUAGAGCAGUUUCAUCACCACGAGGAUCCCUCAUGUUGCUCUUUUAUAACCACACCCACUUCCCUCCUGCAACCCUCUACCCCUUCCCUAACUCCUGGCAACACAAAUCUGUUCUCCUUUUCUAAAAUUUUGUCAUUUCACAUAAUAUCUCUGUAUAAACAUAUAAUUACACAUACAUUUCUCUAUCACAUAUACUUUUUCAAAGUGUUCUUGCAUCCUUAUGACAUUUCUGCAAGGUAGCCAGGGAAGGCUUCCUUAUUUCAGGCCAGGAAAGAUUCUGAGAUGUUAAAUGAUGUAAUGAAGCUCAUGUGCUUAGCAGUACAUCUAGAACUGGGACCCAAGUCCUAGCACUUUUCUCCCUGACCAGACUACCUCUUCAUUUCAGAAGAUCUAGUUGUUAGAAUCCAAAGACCCUAGAAGGAGCACAAAUAGGAGGUGAGGACCUGAUGGCCUGUCCACCUGAAACAAAAGGUGAAUGUCUAGAGGUACCCAUUAGCAUUGUAGGCAGUUUGUUUCCUUGGCCAGUAGGGUCUCUGACCCCUAUAGCCUAGGACACAACUAUGAAAACUAUGAACUGCUUCCUGAUCUCAGAACCCCAGCUUGCUUUAUUCAGGCCUAAAAGGAACUGAGGAAUGAAUACCAGGAAGAAAUUCUGACCUUGAUUGCUUUGUCUUGCAGGCAGAGUAGAUUCUAGCCUUGGCAUUUUCAUUAGUGCAAUAUUUUCAUUAAAAUCUCUAUUAUCUUGUUUGCAGCAAUGAGAUGGAAUUAUCCCUCCUACCAGGCCUGAGGCGAGAUGUUGCAGAAGUGCUUUCAUUCCCUUGGGCAAUGAAGACACUAGAGUGUUCGGUUGGUCCAGUGGGCCGAUGAAGGCAGCCUCAAAAUGCAGUGGGGCUGGGACCUGGACUAGGGGGUCUUAACCCUUUGACACUUUGCCUGGGAGGAAGAGAACAACUGGUUUGAGCUUGUAACCCAGGAAGGAGGGAGGUCCCAGCUAGGGACAAGACUUCCCUCACCUUAGGUCCUCAUGCUUAUUAUCAGUUCUUCUCCCAACAAAGUUUGACUUUGAGAAGAAGCUGGCACAUGGUUGAAAUGCACUCACGCGGUUGGGGGGAAGUGUUCUCCCAGGCCUCCUCCCCACAGGGCCUCCUGCUUCUCCUAAAUACCUGUCAUCAAAGGAGAGAAAGAUGAAUUCCCCCUCAGCCCCCACACCUCACGGAGUUGUCAAGUACUCUCCCUCCCACCUCAAUAGGAAGCUGGAGCAGCAGGCCACGUUGCAGGUUGAGGAAGUCAGAAGUUAACUUGAGCAGAGUUUGCAGCUCUGGAGAGAUUGAGGAGCAGGCUUUUCUCUUGUCACUUUGGAAGUAGAGGAUUGUGAGGCUGCCCCUUUAAAUAGCAUUCCUGUAGGAGGCAGAUCACAUCCAUCCGUCACCACUGCCAAAAUAUCAUUUUUGGUCUCUAUCAAACUCAAAGCUUGCUGGAAGGGACCGUGGGGUUAGGGGAGUGAGGAGGCACGGUCUCCAAGGGGGCAGGGGCAGUUUGGAAGCUGAAAAGGAGAGGAAUGAGGUUGGGCAGAAGGAGCCUGGGAAAGGUGGGGGCAGGGAACAGGCGGAAAGAUAGGGAAAGAAGAAUAGCCGGUCUUUUGAGCCUAUGAAUGGAGCGGAUACAGCUGUUCUUAUCCCUCUAGAGCGAGGCUCUCAACCUGUGUGGGUCGCGACCCCUUUGGGGGUCAAAUGACCCUUU